AUGUCAUGGCAAGCGUACGUCGACAAUAACCUAGUGGGCACGGGCAAGAUCUCCAAAGCAGCCAUCCUCGGUCUGCAAGGAGGCGUUUGGGCAGCUUCUUCCGGCUACACAGCGAGUAUCUCACCAGAGGAGCAGAAAGCGCUCACGGCGGGAUACGUCAAUUCGGAUGGUGUGCAGGCCAAUGGGGUCAGGCUAGGCGGUCAGAAGUUCUUCUGCCUGCAAGCCAACAAGGAGAGCAUCUACGGCAAGAAAGGCGGCGACGGUGUCGUGACGGCAAAGUGCAUCCAGUGCAUUCUCGUGGGCGAGUACGCUGCGCCGACUCAGCCCGGAGAGGCGACAAAGGUCGUCGAAGGUCUGGCAGACUACCUGCGAGGUGCUCAUCAUGUCGACGACGUGCAGUGA